UGAUUGUUUCUCAUGUUGUUGGAAGUUUUUGGUUGUUUUGGUGUGGGGCUGCCUGGGAGGUGUCACGAAGCACACUCAAAACAGCUUUGCAGGUUUACUUAACGAAUAUGACGCACAAACACCAUCACACAUCACACACAUCACAACACCAGUGACAAGACCAUUAUGUUGGCAUCAUCCAUCAACACUUCCUCAUCACACCAUGGCGACCACAAUUACUAGCUAGCUAGUAGACCAUAAAUGGAGCAAUUUUGAGAAUGGCUCGCAGACGUUUGUUGCUUCUUUUUGGAUUUCUCUCCUUUUGGGAGCCGAACGGGGCGUUUGGUCCUACUGUUUCCUUCCCAUCGGGUGCUGCCGGGAAAACAACGAGCCUUCUUGAAAUGCAAGGUCAGGAAUCAAUAGACACCCUUGCCACGGUAUCCAACCCGUGGUACUCGGAUCCUUCCAUUGGUCGCGAUCGAACCGACGUACUCGAUCAUAGAGACGCCGACUGGAAGGCAAUUGUCAGCCAAGAUGCCCGUUUUGUCCUGCAAACGGCAAAUGGAAUGUACUACACCGAACAAGAGGCGACAUCAUUAUCAGCAGCGCCCCAGCCAGUAUUCUGGACAUAUCCACAGCUGGUUCAAUUGUUGGGCGAAGAACAAGUGUUGAAGGAUUCUCUCCACAGUGACAAUGCACAACAGUUCUUGGCAUGGCUCGGGGAACACAACGAUCACAACUAUUGGAUCUGCUAUGUAGAGAAACCUAGCUUCAGCCAUGAUCAAGCGUUACAAGUUUGGGAGAAAAACCGUGACAAUCAUCCAAAACUUGAUUCAUCUCUCCAAAUGACAGGAUUGAGAGAGUUUGGAGAUCGAUUAGACUCUUCGGUCGAUUCUGCCAUACUGGCCACGGCCAAUGGCAUUGUGGAGUUUCACACAUCGCAUCCCUUUUGUGCCAAGUGCGGCUCUUCGACGCGCAUUCGCAAAGCGGGAGCGUCUCGUCAAUGCGCUAAUUGUGGAACAUCCGUGUACCCCCGCAUCGAUGUGGCAUCCAUCAUGCUCAUUACCACGCGCUGCCAACAGUACGCUCUGCUGGGGCGCAAACAAAACUGGCCUCCCGGUCGGUACUCGACGUUGGCAGGAUUUGCCGAAGUGGGAGAAACACUCGAACAAUGCUGUGCCCGGGAAACACACGAGGAGAGUGGCGUCACAGUGGAGCGGUCUAGUAUUCGAUUUGUUUGUAGCCAACCGUGGCCCUUUCCGAGAUCACUCAUGGUGGGAUUCCGAGCACAAGCCAAAGAUGCUGGUCGACCCGAUAUUGCCAUUGACAAACUGGAAAUGGAAGAUGUCCAAUGGUUUCACAAAGACUAUGUCCGAGAACGGUUGAGUGGCGGUUCCACGGCACUGUCCUUUACACCCAAUGAGAAAGAACAAGAGUUCCAUAUUCCGGGACGGGCUAGUCUUGCUCGUAUUCUCAUUUCUCAAUGGGCAAAUGAAUAGAAUAGAGCAUUUUUGUUGGAAACAAGCUAUUCGUAGUUGCACGCAAUGGGGAGUAGGGUGGAUGGUACGAGUAGCGAUGCUGCUGCAGCUUGAAUAAACGGAAAGUUCAAUCAAAACAAAUUUGGGUCAUGAGAUACAGUAGAUUACAUACAUGUACCGUGAGAGAGCCCAUUUGGUUCGAUUCGAUUCGAUUCGAUUCCAUCCUUCCCCUUUCGAGUCUUUUUAGGACCUUUUGAAGUUGGCAAGGGGGUUUGACCGUCCGAAGUCCGCUAUAACAAUAAUAUUGAUAUUACCAGAUGUCAGGUAGGCGAGGUAUUUAUUUCAAUUGUUUUUGGUAUCAUUUGCCACAAUUCCAAGUUCCGAAGAUACAGAUUUCCACGUCUGACCUGGGAGAGUGUACCGGUGC